AUGGCAUCGACGGCGCCUAAGCGUCGUCUUCGAGACCCGAACGACAUAUUUGCUGCUCUAGAUCGCCCUACCAUCAAUUCUGGAUCGCCUCCAAAGAACGAUAAUCCCAUCACGGCCUCCUCUCCAUUAUCAUCCCCUACAAAAUCCGCUACGACCACCACAACCAUCAAUGCUGCCACGAAAACACAAUAUGUCACAAAUAGUACAACUCGUUACACAAAACCUCAAAUCGGCACUACUCGUCGUGUCAUGUCGAUUUCCAAACGCUUCAUGGGAACUACUGGCUCCCUUCUACGCCGUAAUGGAUCUCCACCUCGCGGUCGCCGGUCUCCACCUCCCCGUCGGGCGUCGGUUCGUAAAACCAGUGGUGGUAAAGGCGGCAUAAAGCCGCCCUUGGAUCUUGGGCCACAGCAUAGUCCUUAUGAUACGGUUAAUGUUCGUGAGAGGGUUAGGAAAUGGCAGGCUAGCGGUGGCGGGGUUAUUGAAGCUGAUACGUCGGCUUUGGCACCCCCACAAGCUAUCAAUACUGGCGACAGUGCUUCCCGAAGCGGUUCUAGGAUUCCCGAGAAGAGAAAGACAAUGUUGGCAGACUAUACCGUUAACCAUAACUUUGAUGAACUCGAAACUAGCAGUGCUCGAUGGGGGAUGGAGCCGUUGGCUUUACCUGCGCCGCCAGCAUUGGCUGGUUAUGGUUCGAAUGCCGGGUCUUGGAAAGGGAGCCGGCCUUCCUCGGUCAUCAGUGGCGGUGGGGGUUUGGGCGAGUGGGAAGAUGCUAUGAGUGGAGCGGAGAUGAGUGGCAGGGAGGAUAAGAGUGCAUGGAAUAGUGCACCUGAGGACAAGAAAGUUGUAACAUCUGGAACAAAGAAAAAGAAGAAAAGAGUACCGAGGGAAGGUAUGGAUGUGGACGGUAUGCGAGCGAGGAAAGAGAGGCGAAAGAAGAAAUUGAUUGCGGUUUCUGACCAUGAAAGGGAGAUGGAAAGAAGUGUGAGGGGAAGAGAAGAAACACUUGAAGUGGAGGUUAUAGAGACUUCUAGUGUUUUCGAAGUUCCUGGCAUAGAUUUGGAAGCAACUGAGGACACAGCAGUCGUACCUAUGGCGGCAAUAGAUGAUGCACCGCCACCGUUACCCCGACAUGCAGGUUCUAUGCCUGCUCUUAAGGCUGCUGCCAAUAGUAUGAAGAGUAUCGAAGAUUCUCCUAGCCUUAACUCAAAACAGAGUGUCAAGAGCUUGGGGGGGACGCCGGCGAGUGUUAUGUCCGACCCGAUCAAGGAUGAAACCGCUACUAGCAGCCUUCUAGACGACGACGGAAUCAGGGUUACAGCAAUCCGCAGGAGGUUUACGAAGGCAGAAAAGCGCGAAAUACACAAACAGCGGCAGGCCGAACGAGAAGAGUUCCUAGAAAGGGAGAAGAAUAGGAUACGAGAAGAGGAAAGGUUACGGUAUCAAGAAAUCGAAAGGAUACGGGAAGAAGAGAGGCAGAAGGAGAUUGAAAGAAUAAAAGAGGAGGAGCGACAGAAGGUCCUAGAAGAAGAGGAGCAGCGGGAGGAAGAAAGAAGAAAGAUCCGAGAGCUUGAUUUGAAGGCCUACCGAGAAAGAGAAGAGCAAAAGAAGAGAGAAAAGGAAAAGGAGGAACGACGUCGGCAACGGGAGCUUUUACGCGAGCAAGAGCGACAGAGGGAGAUCGAACGAAUCAGAGAAGAAGAAAAGCUCAAAGUAAUCGAGGAGAUGCGAAUUGAGCAAGAGCGGGAACGAGAAAGACAGGAACGGGAAAGGGAAAGACUAGAAGAGAAGCGUCUCGAACAGGAACGGGAACGGGAACGGAUAGACCAGGAGCGCGAGCUGGCUCGCCUUGACGAGCAACGUCGAAUAGCCCGUGAAGAAGAGCGACACCAGGAAAUCAUGUCAGAGAUCGAACGCGCAACCCAGCGAAGCACUACCAGAGCAAAAAAGAAAAAGAAGGAGAAAGAAAAUUACAUGCUCGAGGAAGUACAGAAGAGGGUUGGACCUGAUGCUCUACGGUCCAGGGAAGAAAUGGCUUCGGUUAUUAAAGCCACUGUUGUCGAAGUUAUGGGCGAAAUGUUCGGCGAAAUUAUUUUCGAAGACGACAUCAAAUUGAAGGAAUCGAAUGACAAGGCGUUUUCAUCAUCAGUGACUACGGAAGCUACAUCGAACGUUGAGCCAGAUUACGAUACGCGAACCCGCGAAACGACACCGGAAACACAUAAGAGUCCGGUGCAGAGAGCUAGAAGAAUAUUUUCACCGCUAGAAAAGCUAGAAAAGAGUCCACCUCCAAUGCCCCCAGGUCACAACGACAUCACAUAUCGACCUGUUGAAUUCAGGAAAACGGUUCCCGAGAUUCUUGAGUUCAAAAGACCUUUUCCUAUGGGCAUUGGUUUUAAACGCCCGUCCCACCAAGCGGCGGAGCUCAAGAAGCCCACAACCGACAUCGUUGAAUCUAAGAAAUCAGUUCCCGAGAUUCCCGAACCCAAAAGGCCGGCUCCCGAGGUUCCCGAACCGAAUCGAGCAGCCCCUAAGACCCCGGAGCCCAAGAAGGCCGUCCCCGAGAUUGUUAAGCUCAAGAAGUCUAUUCCUGAAAUCGUUGAAGCUAAGCCGCCAGCUCUGGAGGAGACUAAUUACAAAAAACCUGCUGUGGAAGCAGUUCCGGAAUCGCCUCCAGAGCGUAUCCCAGAGCCAAUCCUAGAAGAACCAACCUCAAGUCCACCAGGGUCCCCUGAAACCCCCACGAAAGGUGAAUCUAUUGCGCUACCCAAGCGACGCAUAAAUCUUUUUGGCUCGCAGUCAGCGAAACGUCGAAGAAAGCCCUUCCAAGCUACAAUACCCGAGGAAUCUGCAUCACAAUUGUCAGUUGAGUCCGAACCUGCAUCACCGCCACCUGUUGGCCGUCGGGACUUUUCGUUCGCUCCCCGUACUGCAGCUGAGCCGAUAUCUCCUCCAAUUACUCGACAGGUAUCCGCCGCGUCACAAUCUGCACAACCUGCAGAUGCAGUGUUACCUCCUGCAAGGCAACUUUCCGUGGCCUCCCGCGCCUCUCACCACUCUGAUACCUCAGACCACUCCAUUGUUUCUGCUUCUCAAAUUCACCGCAACCUCCCUAAAGAUGAAAACCUUGAUCUACCGAGCGAGAGCCUAUCAACCGGGCUGACUCGGUCUCUGACUUCUCCGGCAGCUCACACAAAUCUCGCAAAGGACGAAGACCCGGGUGAUGAGUAUUUUGUAUCGGUUAACGAGCCGUUGAAGGGUUCUGGAAUAAAACGAUACAAGAGCACGGCAGAUCUCAUCUCCCUUUUGUCAGAACGGCGACCGUCGUCCACGCGACCAAAGAGCAUCAAGAGCACGAGGUCUAUUCGCUCUGUCAAAAACAAGGUUGUCGUGGGAACUCUGACACUCAGAGACCUACUCGUGGAGCUCGCCACUGAGGAGCUAUCAUAUACAGAAGAUCUGCAGCUUCUAGAGCACAGAAUUAUACCAGUCCUCCUGGAAGCCAAACUGGCGAAGACAGAUAAAGAUGCAGCAGCCGGAAAACGAGCAAGCCCGGAGAAAUUGAUGGAAAACAAUCCGCUCAAAUCCAUCGUAGAUGUCAAUAUUGCGCUGAAGCGACUGAAUGGUGUUCAUGACCGAUUGGCAGACGCAAUUAAAGCUGCGACGACCGAUCAGGCCGACCAAGUCGUCGCAGUACCGAACCCAGAUGAAAUUUUAAAGUGGGCACAAGCAGCAAAAUAUGUCUAUGAGGAUUACAUCACUUACUGGAGAAUGGACUGGGACGAAGUCGUUAUCAACACAAACGUGUUGGAAGCCAUUGAGAAGAAAAAAGGAGUUAGUAAUGUGGGAUCAGCGGGUGGCGUGGCUGGCGUCUUAAGCGGCGGCGUUUCGGCCGGGAAUGGGAAAAACGAGGGGACAAUUGAUGUGGGUUAUUUGCUCAAGAGGCCGUUGGUGCGAACGCGGGUCCUCACAAAACUGUUCAAGAGGAUAAACUACCUCUCCCCCAGCCCGCUCGCGGAAGAAGCCUUUGUUUCUUUCCAAACCCUUGUCGGCGCCGCCCGCCACAAAGUAGCUGAAGAACGUGCACGCCUCGAAGACGAAGCAGCAGCUUGCAUCGAUGCCUCACGGGUUCGGGAUCUCCAAACUCUUGAAAUUUGCUACGGCGUCGUCAUCGAGCCGAACCGCAGAGUUCGGGCUCGGGACAUCUUUGAAAUGACGCUAAACCAUUCUCUUGGGAAAGUGUUGAGAAAAACCGUGGAGUUAUAUUUGAGGGAUGAAGGUAAGGGGAGGACCAAAAGUGAAAAUGCCGAAUUGAUGAUUUGCGAGCUCUCGAAGGAUGAAGAGGAGAGAAAAUGGCUUGCAUUUCAACCCUUGCCUGUCAAGUGGAUAUGUGCGAAGCAGGGGCCGGAUGAAGGAGACUUAGUGUUGGAAGUUGAUGCAAGGUUGAGCGAUGGGAGUAGGUGGCGGGAGAAUAUGAUACUCAGCGCGGACCCGAUGAUAAAGAUGGAAUGGUUGCACCUAUUAGGUGCUGCAGCGGAUGAAGUUUCCAAAGCGAGCCGGAUGCAGCUAGAGAACGUAGGGCUGCAACCCAUGGAUGACCAGAGUGAUGUCGGAGUAAGGUCAAUCUCAGCGGAGAUAGAGACGCAGCUAAAGAGUUUGGGAAUUGAUGAUUCGUACUCUGAGCCCCCCACGCCGGGUAUGAGCGUCAUUAGCGAAAUGGACAGGUUCCCGGACUCGGAUGCUGCGUUGAUGCCCGAGAGCAAGAAGCCAGGAAAACCGACUGUCGCAGUGGUGGUUAUUCCCGGUCUGAGUGAUCUUUACGAUGGAGGACCGCUGGCGGUACCGGUUUAUGGGGAGCUACCACAUAUUGUGCAAAUGAUGCCGCACUACGUUCAUAAGAAGCGGAUUGUGAGCCCACCACCAUCGACCAUCAGUCCUAUGAGUAGUGCAUCGUAUGGACCAGCCAGGCUACAGAGACGAAGGACAAGGCAUGAACAAAGAAGAAUGGCAGAGCUUAAGAAGAAGAAGGAAGAGGAGGCCAGAAACGAGAGGGAAUUGGAGGCGCAGAAGGAGAAGUUGGUGAAGGCGAAGAAACUACCCGCAUCCCCACCUCGGCAGCGACAAGUGCAGCCAGUGGAUGUUCAGGAGGAGGAGUCACCAAAGGUUCGGAGACGUUCUCCAUUCAGGUUGCGAAGCCAAUCGCCACCAAAGAGCCCACCAAAGAGCCCCCCUAAGGCAGCUAGCUUGUCAUUCAAAAUCGCUUCACCGCCAACAUCACCUGGCCGACGUGAAGGAAGCAGCAGAGAUGACGAUGAUGAUUUGUCGGCCGAUGAAUCCAGUAUUGUUUCUUGGAGUGACCAUGACUCGAAAUAUAGUCACAAGUCGGGUAGAUACAAUGCAACCGAAGGGGCACGACGGGCAAGGAGUGAAUCCGAGAGUUCUACCGAUACAAAUUCAACUGCUACGACUAGUUCGAGUAAGUCUUCCGAUACAAGGACUGGGGAUCGCGCUAGGAGCUCUGCUUCGUCCGCUAGAUCUCGUCAAUCUCGUCAAUCUCGUCAAUCUGGCCAGUCCGCUUCAGCACAGGAAGAAGAUGAUUCACCCCCACCGCUGCCAUUGCACACUUCCUCCUCUCAGGACUCUCUCAGGAGCAGUAGCUCAGCUUCAUCGGGAAGCACUGUCAGAAACUCGAAUGUGGCACCACAGCCAGUUGCAACAUCUAACUUGAGAGGAAAUCUAAGACGAAGGAUUUCCUCGCCUUUGAAGCACGAGUAUGCUCCUUCAAGCGCAACCGAGUCCUCUGGCAGUAGCAGCACUAUAACCAAUUCGGACACCGAAAGUCCAUCUGAAUCCGAAUCCGAUCCUGAGGAAGAAGUCGAAGAGGAAAGAUCCGACGAUGAACUUUCGGAAAUUCUACAUAAGAUUGAAGAUGAGGACGGUGAUAUCCCGGGACCUAUGUUUGAAGAUAUGAUCGCUGGACGCAACCUCCACUCCGCGGGGCGCAAAGACGGCCCGGCAACGCAAUUUGAAGAGCUUCCACGCAGAAGCACGGCCUCUCCGAGGCACUCGGCCAAAAAUUCAAUCACGGGAUAUACCGCCACCGCGAUGGUUUUUACCUGGAGUCCAAAGGGUGCCUGGGAGAAAAUCUCGGAAAAUGAAAAUAGAGUUGCUCUCCUGGAUAACUUCAUUGAAGUUUAUAAGACGGACUCGGAUGGAGCACAGGGCAAAUUGUUACUCAGUUUCGAGGUUACUCCAGUAACACCGAUAAGACGGGGUACGGCAGUUGAUCUCUCAAUUCGUGCAGAACCCAGGGCAAAAUUUCAAGGUGGGACGGUGAUGUUCAGAAGCCGAACCCCGCAAGAGUUGGAGUCGCUUUAUAAUGCAAUCAACACGGCCAGAAUUAGUGCUUGUAACGGAUUCGGUGGGGCAGGCAAACUGGGAAGGAAACAAUCAAUUGGACGCAGUGGGAGCGUUAGAGGUUAUCGCGCUACAAAUGUGGAUGGCCCUCAUGGCGGAAUUGGCGCACCUGCAUUCCAGGGCGAAGCUGGCAGCAUCAUUAUGAGUGAGGGCAGCAGCUUGGGCUCGUUAGGAAGUGCUUUCUCAGCGUUCAAGGGAAGCCUUAGAAGCUCGAUAUUCGGAGGUACAAAAUCCUCUAGCGGGGGCAGUUGGAUGAGUUCAUCGAGUACCUCUAGCGGAUUGGCGGGGCCAAGAGGUAUCAUUAACCCUCUAGGUGGAAUUCCUAUUACCGGUAUUGGUGGUGAGGCACCCUACCAAGGUACUGGUUAUGUUUCGAAUCUCAAGGUCAAGCUGUGGAAGCGAGAGGGGCCGACUAAAUGGGCUGAUCUGGGACCUGGGCGGUUGAAUAUUAUUACGCCGCCCCCGGGACACGCUGCCCGAGGUGGAGGCGGACUCAGUAGCAACAAUGAGAAGAGAAUAGUAGUUCGAGAUCGCAAGGGACAAAAUACGCUAUUGGAUGUCAUACUUGGAGAGAGCUGUUUCGAGAGGGUGGCGAGAACGGGUAUUGCGGUUCACGUCCCAAUGGAAGAUGAUGGGUUUGUGCCGUCCUUGGUGAUGGCCGGGCUAGCGGGCAGAAGUAGUAUUUUCAUGCUGCAGUUCAAGGGCGAAAAUGAGACGAAAGAGACGUUUAGGGUUGUGGGAAAACAGAAGUAUUAG